UGAACGUCAAGACAAAAGGAUCAGAUCUCUAAGUUCUGGAGAAGUGCUAAUAAGGUUGGUAUGAGGCAUUUGUUGGACGAAUGAGUGCCUUUGUUUGGUUCUGUGUUUCAAGCCAGAGUUGAGAUCACUUUUACCUUUAUUGCCCUUGAAAUCAGUGAUUUUGUGUUCUUGGUAGCCAAUAAUCCUGAAAUGUGAGGGGUAGGCUGUACGCGGUAAAUGUAAAUGAAGUGCAUGUCUAUUUUAGGUAUCGCUUUUUUUCUUUGUAAAGGUCGUCUCUUUCUCCUUUUUUUUUUUUAUAUUUUCUUUUUUUCCUUUGUCAGUAAAUAAGGAAGAUUUUAGAAGUUUCUGUAUAUCACAUUAUAUGAAUAUAUAUUUUCUAUAAUUAAUUCAUGUGUUAGACUAUUCAUGAAAAGGUGCAAUUCACGGCUACAAAAUAAGUACAAGGACUACCACAACUUCACAAAAAAAUUCAGAAUAAAUUUGCUCUUUUUUGACCACCAAUGUGAGUAUUUCUGUUCGUUGAUUUUUACCGCUAAGUUUGGCGGUUUUGCGGGUUUAAUAGGCCUCACUUACCCUCUUCCUCUUCCCCUGUGAAAAGGUUCAUUUACGAAAGCCUGAUAUUCCUUUAAAAAUCGUCUAAGGGAUUUUUUUUCAUGUACAGGUAUUCAUCGGGCAACCAAGAGCACCUUUUUGAAGUGGAUUUUCAUUGUCUUUUCUUUUUACAAGUUGUGCCACUUAUUCUUAUAUUGCAGACCAUUUAUUUUCAUUCCUGUAUAAGAUAUAAAGUACAGUUUUUUGGGGGUUAAAAGAGAACGGAAAAAAAACUACUUGUGCUCGACCACUGCAGUGCUUAUGCAAACUAAGCUUAACGUUAACCCUUGUGUUUUGUAAAAAAAAUGCCAGUUUUCAAAACAAACCCUUUGACCCAAAGUCUACCUCUGACAAACUGGACAAUAUUGCGAGGUACCCAAAACGUACAGAAACGGAAUCCUAAAUAUUUGACAGUAACUUGCUUUCCCUAUCCAGAUCAUAAAUUCGCUUCUAACACUUGCAUCUUUACGUUGCAGUUAUUGGUCAGGAAAAACCUCAUUUUGUCUUUGAAGUGAUCUCGAAGCAAUGAAUAUUGCAUUUGUUUUGCUGUCGUUUCUUCUUGCUUCACACGUAGAAUGCCAAGGUAUGUUGUUACAACCACAUUUAAUGGUGAAGGUUUAGAGUAUCUUUAACCUCUUCUACUAACUUAAACACGUAAUUUAUGUUUUAGGAGAAAGCACAACAAAGGCAAAACGACUUGCAGUCGCAGAGGAAACUUUCGACGACAACGAGAGCUUUGAAGAGGUAGUGUGUCCACGUCCUUUGGGCGCUCAUAUAUCCCUUCCAUAGAUAAAGUACCUUUGACAAUAAUUCGUUAUUUUUCACGUUUUUGCGGAUAGUCACACGUCUUUGUUAACACUCACCCCACCCCUCACCCCUACUCAAAGUUGCUCCUUCAAGUUUUGACCAUGGUCUUGUGUUUCUGGCAGCUUUUACAAAGGGAGGAGGGUGGGGGGAUUAGCAAGCACAAAAUAAGGCAAGAUUUCUCAAGUGUUUUUGCAACAGGUUGCAUCCCUCCCUAAUGGGGGUCGGCUGGUUAUUUAAGAUUUACCAAGAAAAGUACGUUCUGUUAAUGUCAACUCCCGUUAUUUACUCCCGCUAUUUUUUCUUUUCCAAGAAGGUUAUUUAAUAUUUCAUUAAUGAUCAUCCUGUUUUAUUUUGAUGCGUCUAAACUUCCAACUAGACAGUAGAAUCUGACAGCAGUAGUGUUAGUGAUGACGAUUUCCAGGACGAACUUGAAAGCGGAAACUUCAGCAAGCCAGUUGUGAUAAAGGUGAUAUAUUUUUUUAUAUUAAAUACCAUUUUCUGACGGUUGACGGUUAAAUUUUAGACCGUUUGACGGCUGAUGGUUAACCCCAUUGAGAACCUUCAAUAAGGAAGCCAAUCAAAUAAUUGUAGUGGUAGGUGUCACCUUAUUUUCAGCUGUACAAUGAUUUCAAUACUAUUUGGCUCGGUUCGCAGGAAAAACCUGGGACAAAGCCAAAGGCUAAGCCAGACUCGGAGGAUGAUAAUGCUGAUGAGGAAAGCGAAGGCGAAGCAGCCAAGACAGAUGAUAAGGGAGACACCGAAUUAAUUAGAACCGAAGGCAAACCAGGAUGGGUGGAGAAAGUCUUGAAAAAGGUUUGGAAAUAUUUUGCCAUUUGUAGAAGCUACGAAAAAAACCGAGAGGUUGCUACAUGCCAUAUGAGAUAGACAACCUAUGCAAGUUAUAUGUGCUCUGAAUAUUUUCAUUUCUAAUAGUUCAUUGGCUUGUAAAAAACUAAAUGAGACUCAAAUGGGUUAUCUAAAAGCAAAUACUUGACAAUUCCUCUCUCAUUUAUGAAAUACACAACGCUAAUUUUAUAUUCAACUCAAAUUUGUAAAGAAUUAUUUCACAUAAUCAGUUAGUAGGAACCUUGGGAAAGAACCAAUCGCGCAUACAUAUCUAAUUAAUGAAAAAGAAAAACUUCUCUUACCACAUUUAUUAAAUUGACAUAUUCCUGGACAUAUUUCACUGAUUUUUUUUAGGCAAAAGCUAUACUGAAAAAAAAGGAAAGUGAUUCAAUGGAUGGAGAAGAACACACGUCGGGAAGCCCGACAGACACACAGUUGGACGAGAGUAUGGCUGCACUGUAAAAACUUCCUUAUACUUUAAGAGGAUCUGGAUGGAAUUCGAACUGACAACUGACAAAUGGCCUAAGAUUUAACUGACAACUGACACAUGACCCUUUCCCCACCCACCCCACCCCAUCCACACUCUCCUUUAAGGGUCUUGAUGUCACACUCUAUGAGGUCUUGAACAAGCCAAAUUCCAAGAAUUUUAUCUGAAAUUUUACAUCACAAUUGCAAAACUCGAUGCCACUUAUUAGUGGUAAACAUAUAGUAGACACCCGAGUAGGUGUCCUUAAUUAUAAUUAAACCAGAGUUCGUGAUAUAAAUUGGUGAGAGUUCAUUUUCGUCAAAGUCUGUACUUCAUUUGAGCCACGAAACUAUCUGUUAGCGCACCGUAAUUGUUAGGGAGUUAUUAUACCUAAAAUUUUUACUCCAUUUUUGGAGUUACAGGAUAACCCCUUUUUUAGGGUUACUUUAACUCCUAAUUUAACUCCAAAUUUGGGGUCAUUUUUACUCCUGCUAAAAAAGAGUUUUUUUUACUCCCAAUCUGGAGUUAAAAUAACUGCCAAAAUGGGGUGAUUUUUACUCCCUACAUGGGUUGUUUUUACUCUUUUUCGAAUUAAUUUAACUCUGAAAGUGGAGUAAAAAUUUUAGGUACAGGCAAGAGACUAUAAAGGGGACAGAGAGGGCAUCCCCCAUAUACACCCUAUUCCAUAGGUAAUUCGUCUCGAGUUAUUUUUAGAAUCGGAAUAAAGUUACCUCGCGCGAGGCGUGGAUGUUUCGUGGAGGUUUCGCAUAACCAAACGCCGUGCAAAACAUGUCGGGCGAGAGGCAAUGAAAGCGUAAAAAGAUCGAGAGCAUUCCUGAAUAUUGAAGCGAAAUGAGUCGGCGCUCACCUGGGAAAAAGGAAUCGCUGGACUCUUUGACAACCCGUGAAAUCAGUUAAACUCGAAGUUGUCGUAACCUCAGUGCUUUAAUAAAAUGAGAAAUUUCGCCGGUCUAUUGAAACCAGUCGUUUGUACAAUUUAGGGAGUUUAAGAUCCAACGACGCGGGCGACAACUAGAACGUCAAAAAAACAAUAGGUUUAAUUAGCAAAACAACAACUUCGCACGUGCAACACACUUUCGUGUUCAUUUCUUUCCCGUUUUUGUACGACUACGACGUGAAAAUGCCUAAUUUCGCUUUUUAUGGAGGACGUAAAUAAGCAACGACGAAAUUUUAUUUCUCUUUCUGAGUUUGAAUAUGGUCCCUUGAAAUUCAGCUUUAGGAGGGUUCGCCUACAAUUGACAAAGUAAGUGGGUAGGAAUAAUCGCUAUAAAGACUGAAAAAAAUAAACAUCAAACCAGAAAUUGCUCUCUUCAAACUGUAAAUUAUAAAUGAUCCUGAGAGAAUAUUCAGUGAGUUAAGGAUUUCCCUGCUCUACUGUUAGCUCUAUACAAGAGAGGAAGGGCGAUUCUUCUUUAAUUUCGGUUUCGCUGACACAGCUUUCGAAGAAAUCUCGCUGUAGUCGUUUUCGUCGACAAAAGGAAUAGCAAAAUCGCUCUCCGCGUCUUCCUCUAUUUUGUUCUGCGUCAUUUCGUGAAGGACGCGUGGCUCUCAGCGUGGGUCAUCCACGCGGAACACAUUCGCGCUAUGAGAUUUGCUGUUGUCUAAUCCCCCUUGAGAUCUGUGGUGUUAAAAAUAACUCGAGACGAAUUACCUAUGGAAUAGGGUGUAUAUGGGGCUGCCCUCUCUGUCCCCUUUAUAGUCUUUUGGUACAGGAUAACUCCUCUUUUGGGGUUAUUUUAACUCCUCAAUAUCUUGGGUUAUUUUUACUCCUGAAAAAGAGUUCUUUAAACUCCUUUUAGGAGUUUUAGGAGCGAAGUGCUUGUUAGGUGCUUUGUCCCUCUAUUUCUUUUUCGUUUAAUGUUCUCUAUCACGUGUUUUUUCUUUACGGUUUGUUUGUAUCCCUCACUCCCUUUUUGAUCUCUCAAAUCACCAAAAAGUCCUUAAAAGUUACUUAUCUUAACCAUUAUGACCACUUCGGCUAUUUUCUUUUACUGCCCUCCAUCUAGUUCCAAGUGGCCCUUUCAACACACUGAAAAAUGCCUUUGGGACAUUGGGAUCAAAAGCCACGGGCGCCAGGAAAGGUCUGACUGCGUUAAAGGGAAAAUGGAAUACGCUUUCGUUCGGAGACAGAGCGGUUAUGACGCAGACCCUUCAAUCCGCUGCCUCAAACAUUGACAAGUUUGCUAAAGCAGGAGACGAUCCCAUAGGUGCAGUACAGGGAGCACUCAAUAUGGUCGGUCAGUUUGCAGCACUUGCUGGUCCCACUGGACAAAUUGUUGCCGUAGCUUUGAGCUUCGUCUCUGGGUUUCUGAGUCUUUUUGGAAUAGGAGGAAAGAAAAAGAAAUCUAUCGGGCAAAUCGUAAGAGAAGAAAUAGACGAGGCAUUGGCUCAGUUUUACGAGCAGGACCUCAGUAAUCAGGCUCGAGGUAUCGCUAAAACAUUCGACGUUUCGAAGGCAUACGUGGAUAGGCUUGCUCAGUCAGGCAAUAAGCUAACCGAAGCCCAAGCAGCGUCUCUUGAGAGGAACGUGCCACUGUAUCUUGGCCUUGAAUUUAUGGGAACAUUGUCAAGUGAGAUAGAACGCCUUCUUCGGGCUAAUAAGAGAAACGAGGCAAAAAAGACAUUGAGAUACAUCGAGCUGUAUGCAAAGAUGGCAGUUCUGAAGGACGUGAUUAUGCAGGAGGUGGCCACUUUGUUGCCAGACGAGCUUGAACCCAACCGACAAUCCUUGUUUGCCGCUCAGAUCGCUCUACGCGCUCAGCAAAAGAACCUCAUUCAAUUUCUUCGUGCUGGUCGUUUCGAUAAGAGUCAUAAUAAGAUGGCGGUGAAUUACUUUGACCCAGAUGUGAACCCAGUAACAGAUGCCUAUAUGACCGCUGUGUUGAAAAUACCAGAUUACGAUCGUUCCAUGGCAGGAAUAUGGUGUCUAACGCCAGCCAUUUCUCGUGAAAGGGAAUUGCCGAUCACUUGGCUUAGAAGUCAUGACAGCUUAAUGGAGGGCGGUCAUCCUUACAUCACUCCCUACAAUGAAGGCUGCUUUUGGAAACUCAUCCCCCAUGGUAACCACCUCUAUACAGUUGUCAACACCUACGGAGGUCGUAAGUACGACUACUAUGGUCAGUACAUGUCGUUUGACACAUUAUCCGGGGACAGAAGCAGACUGACAGUGGAGGGCGACGCAGAUCUUUGGGAAAUCUACGGCGUUCAUCAAAAGAGGUAACUAAGUCCGGGAAAUUUUCACAAGCAUCUCUCUCUCCCGUACUCAUAACCACGAAUGUAAAUCAAUUACAAUCAAACCGCCUUUUUUAUCCACCUAUCAGUUAGAUCACAUUCAGUGAUCUUCAGGGUGACUAACUAGCUGUUAGCGUAUCAGAAACGUAGAUCACUUUUUAAAUUGCUGAAUUGCCAAGGCAAGGCACGUGUAACACAACUGAAAUGACUGCCUAUUUUAAAAAGCCUAACGAAAAUGUUACGUCAUCCCUUGCGCACGCCCACACCGGUCUUUCUGUUCUGGCCAUAAAAAUCAUCAUCUUCAGGAAGUCCCGUCUGUUUAAAUUAGAACUUGAAUGGGCGGUUUUUAGUUACAAAUUGCCUUAAAAAAGUUAGAAAGUUAUUCUAAAAAGAAAAAAGUUGCACGAAAUCCGAAAAGUUGCUCGAAGGACAAGUUGCUCCAAAUCUGGAAAGUUGCUCAAAAGUUGCCGAGCAACUUAUGGACAGCCCUAAGUCCCGAGGCCGGGCGAAGCGUUCUUAAUUUAUACAUCCAUUGUCCUUUCUUAUUCCUCAACUCUUUCUCUCCUAUGGCCCUGUCUAUCAACUGUAUACUCACAUGUUCUAGAACGUUUUAGUAUACACACAUGGGCCUUUUGAGGGCCCAAAUAUAAUAUUGGCUGACUUUUUUUUAUAGACUUAGAUAAUAUCUUUACAGGAUCCGCAGUAAAUGGGGCUGUGACUCGUCGGGUAACAAGUGGUGCAAUAGACAGAUACAACCUCAGGUAGAGUCAACUGGAGGGUGGAGUCCGAAGAGAGUAACCACCUUUGGUUUGACUUCAAGUAACGUUGGUUAUAUUUGGUGGAUCACAAAGGUACGUGUAAACAAAGUCGAAGGUCGAUCUCAAAAAUAAAUAAAUAAAUAAAUAAAUAAGUACUUAAUGAAAUAAAUAUAAAAAUAAGACACUAUUGGGGUAACUGAUGACGUCAUUUCCAUAGGAUUGUGAAAACAAAAUAUAUUAGCGGAGCUCUCGCGCGCAAAGCGCGCCUGCCGAGCACCAUGGGUAAGUAAAUCUACCCAUCCCAGAAAAUUUGGUAAUCACGUGACCGUACACCGUCCGCCCGCCCUCCCGCUGCCCGUCCGUCCGCACCACAGGCAUACCAAUAUUUACUCUCACACUUUCUAGUUACUUUGGGAGCCCAGGAGAAAGCUGAUUGCACACCAAUGUUGUCAUCAAUUGACAGCUGUCAAAACAGGUUAUCCGCUGACCAGUAUCACCUGACCGUAUCGCGGGCUCAGGUGUCGACCCAUCAAGGUCGAGUAUUUUUUUUUGAAGUUAUCCGCUGACAAUUUACUCGUUUUCAAAUGAUUGCAGACUCACGUUUACUUGUCAUCAAUUGACAGCUGUCAAAACAGGUUAUCCGCUGACCAGUAUCACCUGACCGUAUCGAGGGCUCAGGUGUCGACCCAUCGAGGUCGAGUAUUUUUUUGAAGUUAUCCGCUGACAAUUUACUCGUUUUCAAAUGAUCGCAGACUCACGUUUACUUUUUUUAAAAUUCAUAUCAAAUAUGUUGUGUUUAUGUCAGUAUCGCUCCUCACUAUACGAUUUUGAUUUCAAACUGACCUCAGACGCAAAAAUUCAGCCAGUUUUUUAAAAUACAGUUGGGGAAGACCUUUUCUAACCAUGGUCACGUGUUGGUCACGCUCCACGUCCAAUUUUUAUGCUCUGAUUGGUUAAAAUUUGACAGGUGUUUUCAGGCGUAAAAUUUAUGCAGCAUCUUAAAAGUUGUUUACUUUGAAAGCUGAAGCUGACCGAGUUUUGAGUCAACUUGUGAUGUUUUUAACUUCUUUUUCCACUGGAUGUAAAAAAUGACAUACAGCUGCUAUCAAGAGUGUUCUCUUAUUCAUGGCUGGCUUGUUUAUUGGGUUUUUGGUUGAGAAAUGCGUCGCUUGUCAAAGCAGAUAAUCCGAUUUCGGAUGGCAUCGUGUUUGUUUUUCACCUUGCUGGAUGCGUACGAGAAUUAUAAGGAUUAUAAAGGCUCCAGCGAUCCUUGCCUUACCUGGUAGCUUUCAGGAGCUGCAUCUCGAAAUAUGGUAAGCCUGAGUAAUUAUUGUAUUGUAUCUUAUUUCAUGAAGUCCAGCGGCGCAGUUUAUGAAGCUAGUUUAUGCACGUUUGUAUUAAGAUUUGACUGAGACACUGAUCUGACCUAGCCUGUGAAAACAUCCAUUUCUCCUCGCUCUUCGCCGCAGGGGACGUUUCGCGCGGAGGAACGUCUGCGACUCGGUGGCAAAAAUUCCGUACUGAUGACGCAAAUCAAUGUUUACAUAAUAAAUCCGGUAGUCAUGGGGUUCCAAAUACAAAUUUGUACAGUUUUACGUGUCUUCUGGUCGAUUUUGGUAAAUUUUUGCGUUCAUCUGCCAACGAGCUCCAGCAGAACUCAAAUACUUCUUCUAGAGAAGAAUAUAUUCAACAAAUAUUUACUGUUUUGCUAGAGAUUCUUCGCGUUUACAUUUGACCUCUGUGGCCUUUUGUCUUUUGUCUGUCAUUCGUAAACAAUAGCUAAAACAAUGUAACUACUCCGUCGACCAAUCAGCGCUUCUGACCAGAUUCCGGACAGAUUUUACGUCAUCAGUAUGGAAUUUUUGUGGCUGAGUCGCAGACGUUCCUCCUCGCGAAACAUCCCCAGCGGCGAAGAGCGAGGAGAAACGGAUGUUUUCGCAGGCUAGAUCUGACCUAGUAUGAGGUUUGAUAUAAGCUUAAAAGCUUACAGAACUUUAAAAAGCCUUUAGUCGAUACUAAUUCCCCGUAAAUAGAAAGAAAAAACUUUCCGAAGAAUACCAGUUAUAAUUUUGGCUGUAGAAAGAAAGCCUUGAGCGAUUUUCUUGUCGUGAGUUCGUCUAUGAAAAAAGCAAACACCGGGAAACCGGCGGCUUAAAACAUAAACUUAAUCUUUAAGCUUACUAGUAAAGACUUGAGGAUUCUUAGGGACACUUAAAUACUCAUUUGUUUUCUUGAAUGAAAAUUGUUGUCUCUGUAAAUGUUCUACCGAAUUAUAUUUCUUUAUUGAUUGUUGGUAGUCUCAAAAGUCACACUGAAAAGUGUAAUUUUCAUCGCUUUGCUGUUUGUUUUCAGGCGUUCAUAAACAUCGCUUGCAGGAGUACUCAAAAUGCCGAGCGUAUCAAACGCUUUUUAAGAUAACACGUCGUUAUAAAACCAUUAAAAAAAAAUUCUUUAUCACGUUGAAGCGUAACUCUUUUAAAAUUUCUUCGCAAAUUUGGCGCUUGUCAAAAGUUAGAACCGGCUGGCCGUAUAGGUGAUUUUGGACAUUUUUUGAACGGUUUCGCUAAUUAAAAGUCCACGCGUGCUCGAUGGUCCUGAGCAUUGAAUGAAUGCAAUUUGUCUUGAAAAAUUGUGAAAUACUGCAUUUUAUACGACGUCUGUAUGAUAAAAACAGUGCUCAUAGUACUCUUUCUCCUCAGAUGUGGAGUAUAAAAUAAAUAAAUAAAUAAAAGAAUGGUUUGCACGCACCCAGAUUUAUUGGGAAGAAUUUGUAAACUUGUCGAACGCAAAAAAUUCGGCCUGAUUUGUUUUCCAAGAAUUUGUUUUCCACGCCUUAUCUACUGUGAUCAAGAGCCAUUAUUGCUCUUAAAUGUGACCGAAGACUAUUUUUUGGGNAGAAUUUGUUUUCCACGCCUUAUCUACUGUGAUCAAGAGCCAUUAUUGCUCUUAAAUGUGACCGAAGACUAUUUUUUGGGUGUACAUAUGAGGCUAUGUCAACGUGAUACAAGAUUUGUUUCACUCCAAAAUCAUUUAGCUUUUCCCUCAAAAGUCACAUGAAUGUGCCCUUAAGUUAACUUAUUUGUGGAACGCAAAAUUAUUGUUUGAUUUAAGUUAUAAAUUUAUUAAUAGGAGCUUCGCUUUUAGCUGUGGCUAAAUCUAUAUUAUAUAACCCAUGUCCGCUUUCUGCGGUGCGAAACAGUUUUUGGUAUAAAACUCCAGAUUUAUGGCUUAUUUUGUUGAGCCUUACAGGAAUUCGGGGAAAGCUUUCACCUUAAUUAUAAUUUAAUUGUAUAAUAACUAUCAUUUUUCAACAGCAAUUGUACAGCUCGGAGCAUGUUUUCCUUUCUAAUCUUUAUUCGCACAGGGCUAAGGAAGUUAUAGUGAGUGUUAAGAUAGUUGUCCGGCAUAAGGGAGGUGGGACAGUUUUUUUCCGAUUACGAUACAAGUUUCUAGACCGACUUGGUGUGUGACGGUGUCCUUGUGAAGCCACGUGGUCACAUAAGAUCUUACGGAUAAGCGAUUAGGGAAGAUUAGCGGGAUCACUUUAGGUUUCUUGGAAUCUGCCCAUCUACCCCUCCCCUAAGCCAAUAUUUUGCUCUAAACGAGAAGUAAGAGUUAAUGUUGGCGUAGGGGAGGGUGCCGUCAAAGAGGAAGGAGAAAAGCACGCAAGGCCAAUAAUACCAAUGGCUAUCAGUUAAGAUACCUUCUAUGAUAAACGAGUUUUUUGUGUGUUUUUCUUAUAAUCUAGCAUAGAAAUAGUUCUAGGAUUGCGGUUCCUGGAUGGCUUCUACAAUUUUUACUUAGUCCUAUUAAUGUUUAUUGUCAUUAUCAUAACCAUUAUCGCCAUCAUUAUCAUUAUCAUAAGUAGAUCGAAUAACAUACAUGCACGACUCAGAAGCUUUCUUACCAGGCAACUUGCUUAAGUAAGUGGCUUAAAGGAAAUUACUUGGAACUUUGUCGUCAGUUUUGCGGUUAAACGCACCUGACAAACGACUUAUGGACGAACUCAACAAAACUGACAACAAAACAUUGACUCUGAAAAUGAAACAGCCCAGAACCGGGCUGGGGUGAUGGGAAGUGUACUUUGGGUGGGGAGGUGACGUUUGUAGUCGAGAAACUUUAGCCUAUAGCUGAAAUCUAUGACUGAACCUGUGCUUUUUUCAAGAAAAUAUAGGGUGCUCAUUUCUGUUGCUGUGAUACACUGAUUUGAGAGUAGAUUCAAAUUUGUCAAUUACAGUCAACCAAAUUUUCUGAUUUCUAUACCCCUUGAUCCGAAUUAAACUUUCUGAAAACCAUACCCUUGACAGCCGUGGGUAUAUAUGUAGCCCGUAUAUGACAGUUUCCCUUCUCCCCCUUCCCCGGACUAGGUAAGUCACACGUCAGUCAGUGGUUACACUCAUCUGGCCGAUUAAAUCCCACUUUGUAUGUAUUAUUAACGCAGAGGUAAUUAUUGACCCUGAGCGAGUAAUCGUAGAUUUUAAAGAAUGAUCUGACUUUUAAUUUUACCGAAUUGACCAUCUUUACUUGCAUCAAAGAGAGUUUAGAUAAAGUAAUGUUACUAAUUAUUUAUUCUUAGAAACCCAGGGUCUAGAGAAAUCCCAUUAGAGACAAGGAAAGCC